AUGCAGGUGUUGAUCAUAGUCUCGCUCGCUCUUGUUUUUGAAUUAAUCAAAUUCACUGAGACCGCAACCCCAUCUCCUUCCGUCUCCUUAAGCCCCGAAAGCGAUUCCCUUGUCAAUAAGACGUCAGCCUUACAAUUUCCAGUUAAAAUCAAUGUGUCAGGACCGGCAAUAAGCCCCAAUGACUACCCAAUUGACCCGUACCAGAUGCGAGUCCCUGGCACCACCACGUCCCUAAUCUUCAGUAAAUACGGACCCCCAAUACACUUAGAGACGUUCCUCAAUCUCAUCGCUAGAGCGCAGUACCAAAUAUGUCGGGCGGUGGUCGCGGCCCAUGGAGAUGGGCCUGUGCCGCAGCCCAAUUUCGAAUGGUCUGAGGCGAAGCUGUAUGUCAGAAUCAGUCGCCCACUCGCUCAGGAAGACUUGACCUGGUUGAUACUGGCGGACACGUUGGAAGGGUCGAGAUUGUUUUUCGAUGGACUGCGGGUGUGGUUUGAGACCUCGAUCACCAUCUUGGAUGAUACUGCGGGACCCGUGGGGAGCGGAAGCGUUACGUUCUGGUGA